CGGGUACAUCCUGAGCCUGCAAAGGAUCCCGAGGGGCCGGCGGGCCAGCGGCGGCGGCGCGGGGCAGCCGGUUCUCCUGCAGCACGGCGUUCUCACGGACGGCAUGACAUGGCUGCUGAGCUCGCCGGAGGAAUCGUUGGCGUACAUCCUGGCGGACCGCGGCUUCGACGUCUGGGUCGCCAACAACAGGGGCACCAGGUGGAGCAGCCGACACGUCUCCCUCGACUCCUCAUCCCGGAGCUACUGGGACUGGUCAUGGGACGACCUGGUGUUGAACGACAUGCCGAGCAUGGUUGACUACAUCUGCAGCCACACCCUGCAGAAGCCGCACUUCCUCGGCCACUCCAUGGGGACGCUGGUGGCGCUGGCGGCCUUCUCGGAGGGCAGGACGGUGGACAAGCUCAAGUCGGCGGCGCUGCUGACCCCGGUCGCCUAUCUGUCCCACAUGACCACCCCCCUCGGCAUACUGCUCGCCAAAGCAUUCGUCGGAGAGCUCAUCACUGUCCUCGGCGUGGCGGAGUUCAACCCAGUAACGCCGGCGGUGGCGAGCCUUUUCAAGGAACUGUGCCGCCAUCCUGGAACCAACUGCUACGACCUCCUUACAGACUUCACAGGGAAGAACUACUGCCUCAACAGCUCGGCCGUCGACGUCUUCCUCCAGUACGAGCCCCAGCCGACGUCCACCAAGACCAUGGUGCACCUAGCCCAGACGUUCCGCGACGGCGUGCUGUCCAAGUACGACUACGUGUGGCCGAGCGUGAACGUGGAGAAGUACGGGCAGCCGGACCCCCCGGUGUACAACAUGUCCAACAUACCGGCGGGCUUCCCGCUCUUCCUCAGCUACGGCGGCCGGGACGAGCUGGCCGACCCCGGCGACGUCGGCCGCCUCCUAGGCGACCUCCGGGGCCACGACCGCGGCAAGCUCACGGUGCAGUACCUGGAGCAGUUCGCGCACGCCGACUUCGUCAUCGGCACCUGCGCCAAGGACUACGUCUAUAACGACGUUGUCUCCUUCUUCAACCGCUUCAACUAGCAACAAGCUCUCGUCUCCGGCGAACAACGAUAUCUACAGUUGCUGCAAGAUUACAGAGGCGAAAUUACGCUUACAUAUAAUAGCUGUGAAUAUGCCAAUAGUAUGGAAAUCUCAUAAUUACACCACAGGUGAGGUGAUUGCCCACCUCCUGAAGCUACAUGUAUUCCAUUUAUGCACACGCUGAUGAUUGCCCACCUCCUGAAGCUAUGGCCACUCGUAUAACUGUACCGCGAUGCCAAAGUUUACAAACUA